UUUGCCUCUAAACUCAUUUCAAAGUUUCUAGCUGCAUCAUUUUCUCUACAAAUCCAUGGCUUCCCUUAUCCUUUACAUACUCUCCAUUCUAUUCCUUCAAGUUGUUGUGUUAGUUUCAGCAAACGUUACUCGGACUUCCACACUCUCCACCACUGACAACGAUGCAUGGCUUUCACCUUCAGGUGAAUUUGCUUUCGGAUUUCGCCAACUUAAUGGCACAACAUUGUUUAUGGUUGCCAUAUGGUAUAACAAAAUACCGGACAAAACCAUUGUUUGGAACGCGAAAACACACGAUGACGAUAGCCUCGUACAAGCACCUUCAGGAUCCCAGGUUCAGCUCACAUCAGGAGGUCUCAUGCUGACAAGUCCUCAAGGAGAAUCCAUUUGGACAGCACAACCAAACACUCCUGUUUCCUAUGCAACUAUGCUUGAUUCUGGAAACUUUGUUCUUGUGAACCAGAGUUCUGUUUUUGUGUGGGAAAGUUUCAAUUUUCCCACUGACACGUUGUUGCCUAAUCAAUCUCUGGAGCUAGAUGGAAAACUAACUUCUAGAAUCACUGAGGCCAAUUAUACAAAUGGAAGGUUCCAGCUUUAUUUUGAGGAUGGUGCUGUCUGGUUAAGUCCACUUGCUUGGCCUACUCAAUUGCAUUACACAUUUUAUUAUAGAAUUGAUGCUGCUCAUUCUGCUUCUAGAUUAGUGUUUAAUGAAUCAGGGAAUGUUUAUGUAGAGACAACAAAUGGAACUAAAAUCCAACCUCAGGGUACAACAUGGGGAAACAACUCAACUCUUCAUCCUAACUUAUAUUACUACAGAGCAACGCUUGAUUUCCAUGGAGUUUUCACACAGUAUGCACAUCCAAGGGACAACAAGGCCAAACAAGGGUGGAGAAUUGUGCGGUUUGUUCCUGAAAAUAUUUGUAUUGCAAUAUUCAGUGAAAUGGGUAGUGGCUCUUGUGGCUAUAAUAGCUACUGCUCCAUGCAAAAUCAGAGGCCUAGCUGCAGUUGCCCUGAUGGGUAUUCAUUUAUAGAUCCAAGUAAUGAAUUUGGUGGGUGCCAACCAAAAUUCAAGCUCGGUUGUGGGGAAGAUAAUGAUGAACAGCUAUAUGAUUUUACUAUUCUUAAAGAUGUAGACUGGCCUCUAUGUGAUUAUGAAAAGAUGCAGCCUUUCUCUCAACAAGACUGCCAGCAAUCUUGCUUGAAUGAUUGCAUGUGUGCUGUUGCAAUUUUCAACAACCAAACUUGUUGGAAGAAAAGGUUACCUAUCGCCAAUGGAAGAGCACAGAGUGGUGGUCAAAUAGCCCUCAUCAAAACAACAGUGGCUCCUCAAGGUAACAUAGGUCCUCCAAGUUCUCUUGAUUCAAACAAAGAAGAUGGAGUUAAGACAAUUCUUCAAGGUUUACUUAUAGGUUCAAGUGUUAUUAACAGUAUACUCUUGGCUACUGUUGUUUUGAUUCUUGUUAAAAAGCCAAAAAGAAUCGUCCAAGCUGCGAGUCUUUUAGAAACAAAUUUACAUUCGUUUACCUAUGAAGCAUUGAAAGAAGCCACAUGGGGUUUUAGUGAAGAACUAGGCAGGGGUUCGUUUGGCAUUGUUUACAAAGGUAAACUAGAAGCACCCUCUUAUACUAUGGUUGCUAUCAAGAGAUUGGACAGAUUUGCACAAGAAAGAGAGAGAGAAUUCAAGACUGAAUUGAGUGCCAUUGGUAAAACUUGCCACAAGAAUCUAGUGAGGUUGAUUGGAUUUUGUGAUGAGGGAAUCCACAGGCUGCUGGUGUAUGAGUACAUGAGCAAUGGUAGUCUUGCAAACAUCCUAUUUGGACAAUCCAAACCCAUUUGGAAUCUAAGAGUUGGAUUUGCUCUGGGGAUUGCAAGAGGGCUGGUCUACUUACACGAAGAGUGUGACACACCCAUCAUUCAUUGUGAUAUAAAGCCUCAAAACAUACUCAUAGAUGAGCAUUUCACAGCAAAGAUCUCUGACUUUGGAUUAGCCAAGUUGUUGUUUGACCAAAGCAGGACCAAUACCGGGAUCCGUGGAACAAGAGGAUACGUUGCUCCUGAGUGGUUUAAGAAUGUUCCUGUGACGGUUAAAGUGGAUGUUUACAGCUUUGGUGUGAUGUUGCUGGAAAUCAUUUGCUGCAGAAGAAGUGUGAUGCUGAUGGAGUCUGGGGAGGAGGAAAAAGCCAUCUUGAUAGAUUGGGCUUAUGAUUGUUAUAUUGAAGGGAGAGUAGAUUCUCUGGUGGAGAAUGAUGAGGAGGCUUUGGCUGACAUUGGAAGGUUACAAAAGUGGGUAAUGAUAGCAAUUUGGUGCAUUCAAGAGCAUCACGAAAUGAGGCCAACAAUGGGGAAGGUCAUGCAAAUGCUACAAGAUUUGGUUGAAGUCCCUACCCCACCAUCCCCUCUUUCCUUCAGUUCGUUUUCUUGAAUUUUUUCUAUACCAGUUCAUGUACAUUUUUACAUAAUAUAAAUGGUUAUUUUCUAUUAAGAAUUACGAAUUAUUUCUUAUGUA